AUGUGUCCAACGCUAUGUAUAAAUGGGGAUGUAAUAAAACAACAACUUGAAAAAACAAUACAAAAAAACAAUGAAUUGACAUGUCACAAUGAUAAUUUAAGAGCUGAAAAUGACGUACAGUGUCAAGAUAUCGAUGAAUUGAAUAAUACUCUCAUAUCUCUAAGACAAAACGAAUCGUGUGUGCGAAAAGAUUUGAUUGUGCAUAAAGAAAAACUAAGGAAAGCGGACGAAGAAAUUGCCGAUUUGAAUUCAGAAAUGAGCUACGUUAAAUGUGAUCUUCACAAAACUUGUGCCAAACUGACUUGUACGGAACAAAAGCUACAAAAUACAGAGUGUAAACUGAACUAA